GUUCUCUAUACUCAUUUUUUUUUUCUAAGCUUCUGUAUCCGAAAAACUGCGAGUCGGCGACUUCAGCAGCUAUUACCUUCAUUUUAUGCAGUCCCUUUUUUUUUCUGACGUACAGCUAUAGACCUAAGCGAUUCCAAAACUUCUUUUUCAUAACCUUGUCUUUAUUUCUUUCCUAUAAUCCUGUUCCCUUCUUGAUAUCCACGAGCCAAAAACAAACUCGUCCCAAAAGAAAUCUUUCCCUUUCCACUUUUCUCAGACUCAUCUGCAUUCUUUGACAUGGAGCCGGCUCUUGCAUCCUCAUGGGCGGAUCACCAGCUCAUUUCGUUGUCAGCAACUGCCAUGGUCACCAAACGCUCUGACACUGUCCACAGGUCAUAUGCGUCGCAGAUGAAGCCUCGGACGAUUCUAGGUCCCCGUAACUGGAGUGACCUUUCGUUGGAUAACUCGACCGAACUUGGCAAAGGUCAAGCUUUUGUCGAUUUGGAUGAUUUAGUGAACAUCAAGCGAGGCCAUGUUUCUAGUUCCGACGAAGACACACCAGAACUAUCCAGUCCAUCGUCUACUUCGUCUGUAUCGUCUGCUUACAGUUCUAGGCAGUCCCCUCCUGUUCAACAUAAGCCAAGAACAAGGCCUCCCAGCAAACGAACUCCGUCUGCCAAGGUUGUAGAGAAUCGAGAAAAUGAACGUGGUCGGUCUACAAGAACCACCCGAUCUACCACUAGACGAGAGCGACGACUAUCAUCGGACGGCCAUGACGACCAAACCGAAAAUGACUCCGGUAGCUCCACAUGUACGUCCUUUGCGACACCAAACCUAACGGAGUUUACGAGCGCCCAAUGCCCACCGCCGCCCAGAGCACAACUGUUUCAGACGUGUGACAGUUUAUGGAACGGAAAGAAAUCGAAUGACGAACCGAUCGAUGUUCAAGUUAUCGGAAAGCAACUGUUACAGCGUCUUCAUGAAGCCAGUCAACGUAUUUUGGAAACAAAUAGUUCAGCACGUACAUUGCCGAUGUCAAUGCGACUUCGAAAAGGAGACGGCUCUAACAGUGCGGUUGGAGGAAGCCGAAAUUUCUUUGCUCGGACACGAGUAAUCGAUCGUGUUGAACAGCGACAACGAGCCGUUGAGAAGAUUAAACGAUUCCUUGACUUUGUCACGGACGAAGACUUACAAUGUUUCCAACAGUUAUCGGAGCAAGUUCAUCAAGUCGAUAUUACCACUCAGUACUCUUGCGCUACUUGCCACAAAUGCUACAAAAACAGCCGAGGCUUAGCUUAUCAUCUUGAACGAUGCCGAGGUACUCGCGGCCAAGCCAACAUGUCCGAUGAUGAAGAUGAUGAUCCCAAUGCUAUCAUCCGUUGUAUCUGUGCUAGGCCGACCGACUCCACGGGAUCGAUGGUUCAGUGCGAUCGUUGUGAAAUUUGGUUGCAUAUGGACUGUAUCGGGCAAUCCGAGGAUGCGUUGGACGACCAGUAUUUUUGUCCUCGAUGUGCUGGACAAUACCAUAGCCCAAGUCCCGAUGCAUUUCUUCACCAAAGUAGUGGUAGCGGUGGAGGCAAGAGUGUGGAUUUAUUGGUUCAAGCAAGAAAUUUGGAAUUGGCAAAGUGUCAUAACAAUAAGGUCAAAAAACAUCAAGCUCGUCUCAACAAACAACAACGAUCUCGAUCAUCACGACACCUUGCUAACCGUCAGCAACAUCAUUACCACCAUAGCGCUGCCGGCUUGACCCGAAAGACGUUGGUCAAUUGGAGACAAGAAGCUGUUCGAAAAGAUCAAUUAUUGCAACAAAAGGCGUUACAACGAGUAUUAAACCUCUCAAGAUCCGCGUCCCGGUCCUCCAUGGAUGCCGAUUCCGAUUUUGCCGAUGACGAUGAUACCAUGUCGUACAUGUCAGCCCAAGAUGACCAAGAUUGGCAGUCAAACCAGUUCAACAUAGAAGACGAGGCAAAAACGUCUUUUGUCAGUGAAUCGUGGAGCGAUGAGCCACCGUCACUACUUUUUGAUCAAGGUUCGCUCGGUAGUUCACCUAUGGAUGAAGACAGUGGUUUGGAUCUUUCUACCUCUUCUUCGCAAAUGGUUACGCAACUUCCUUCCGAUUGCCAUGUGGAACAUCUGUUUGAUAUGGAUGGUUCCAUGGAUGACAAUACCAUUCGUAUCCAUGGUGAAUGGAAUGGAUCAGAUAACGCAAUAAUAUCGCCUUACUUAUUUCCACACCUUUCUCACAAGCUAUCUGAGCACGUUUUUGAAGCCUUUUCUACCCUACCUUCAACCCCUCAAGAUGAAGCAAUUGACUUGUGGCUGUCCACCGGUGGUGGCGGCGAUGUUGUAGCUGGUGUUGAUAUGGACCAAGAAUUAGAUGGUAAGGGCCGUUGUGUAAUUCAAAAGAUCUAAUCCCAUACAUAUCAUCUAAUAUUACUUGUGGAUUGCUUAGGUCUUGUUGAUUUGGACCUCUAGAAUCACUCAACCAAACCUCUCCUUGCAACCAA